AUGUGGAAGGUUCACCGGUUUACCGCCAAAUUGAUCAAUGGGGGAAUUGCUGGACUGAUAGGUGUGACAUGUGUAUUUCCUAUUGACCUAGCCAAGACCCGUCUCCAGAACCAGCAAAAUGGUUCCCGUCUCUACACCAGCAUGUCAGAUUGCCUUAUCAAGACCAUCAAAUCAGAGGGGUACUUUGGCAUGUACAGAGGUGCUGCUGUAAACCUGACUCUGGUCACUCCAGAGAAGGCCAUCAAACUAGCUGCCAAUGAAUUCUUUAGACAGCACCUGUCCAAAGAUGGUCAGAAGCUCACCCUGCUGAGCGAGAUGCUGGCAGGUUGUGGUGCUGGUACAUGUCAGGUCAUCAUCACCACUCCCAUGGAGAUGCUAAAGAUCCAGUUACAGGAUGCAGGGGCGGAUAGAGGAUCAGAGGAAGCUGAUGUUCAAGGCUGCAGUUGGGGUCCCUGGGGGCCCAGUGGAGUUGAGGUCCCAUACAGCAAUGCACCUCACCCGGGAGACGGUAAGGACAUCUCCGUACAGCAAUGCAGCUUACCUGUGGAUGUGAUUAAGACCAGAAUUCAGACCAUGACACAGGGAAGUCAGGAGGACACCUACAGCGGAGUGACAGAAUGCAUCAGGUAACCUCUCCUUCUCACUCUAACUCUUCCCUCCUGGUUUUAACAGGCCCUUUCUGAUCGAUUAUAUCCAUAUUAUCUGAUGGUAGAACAUUAAAACAUCUACUGGUACUAUGAAAUAAACGGAGAAGGCAUUUUAGACUAGAAAAUUCAGUACAUGUCGGAUAAAAAAUGUCACGACCGUCCUGAUGGGAACACCAGAUUUGUCGUAAACUUUCCAAAUAUUGAAUGAACUAAAUACAUUUUUUACAUUUACAUUUUAGUCAUUUAGCAGACGCUCUUAUCCAGAGCAACUUACAGUAG